AUCCGAUUCCAUUCUUUCAUACAGAAUCUCUUAAGAUUCUUCAAACGUUGGUGCUUUCUUAUCUUCACUUCAUCCCACUCAUUUCUAUAGUGUUCAGGUCAAGGAACUGGGAUGGCUAUGGCAAGAUCUUGAUUAAUAGUGGAGGGCACUGUAGGUCAUUUGAGAUGGAUAGUCAUUUCAGGGCGGAAGUGCAUUUUCAGAUUUUAAAUAAUGAUUAGGAAAGGUCAUGAAUUUUAAAAAGAAAAUGAUUUGAAUUGAUAAGCUAAUUACUAAUUACGCCACACUCGAAACACCAAGGAUUUAACCAAAUCUCGCGAUAGUGAGCGAAAUAUUACGAUAUCGAGAUGAGCCGUGUGGUGGGCGGGAACAAAUGGUAAGAACGCGAUCUCGCGAUAUGCUUAGAUGUGAACCCAUAGGAAAAGGGAUGGGUAAGUAAAAUCUCGCGAUGUUUGGAUGUGGAGCAGCAGGAAAGAGUACGAUGUCCCAGAGAAAGCAACCUCGAGUGUCUGACGCUCACUGACGCGACGUUAUUUCAUCGGUUUACGAGCACGAAACACAAUUGAAGUCUGUAUAAGUGCUGCGCGGGUUCGGUAAUGGAGGUCAACAUGAGCUGUUCGUCUCCUAAAGAGGAUGGCGAGCUGGAGGACGGGGAAAUCUUCGACGAUGAGCCGCAGAGUCAAGCGCGGCCUCCGCGACGCGCCCGAAACAACCGCGCCGCGCUGAACAGAAGAGCGCGUUUACCCGGACACAUGAUGAAGAACAACAACAUCGCUCCGGUGCCACUGAGAGGAGUCGUGAUCUCCGCCGCCCCGCAUCCACUAUUCCCCGUCGGGCUCCGGCAGGGCUCCGGCUUCUGGGAGCGCAGUCACGACGCGCUGGGCCCAUUCAGGUACCGCACGCAGCGAGCGUCAGGGUGGACCCGCGACUGGACGGAGCGAUUCGCGGAGAAUCACGGCGGCAGAACAACGACAGAGUCUCCGUGCAGGAAACAGAAAGCAGGCGGUGGCAGCAGAUGUCAGGUGAGAAGAGUUGUGGGCAGUGUUUUUAAAGCAGAGACCGUAGAUGAGAGCUUUGAGGAUCUGCUCAUGAAGUACAAGCAGAUUCAGCUGGAGCUGGAGUGUAUCAGGAAAGAGGAGAGAAUGGCUCUGAAAGAGGAUGAGGACGCAUUAGAUCAGAGCCCGGUGGGUACAGACUCCAACCCGCCGGACGUGAAGCCGGAAGAGCCCGUCCCUGCCGUCACAGAGAAGAAGGUUUUUCAAGCGUUUAACCUCAGGCCGCUCAGACAGAAGCUACUGACCCCCGGCGAGAGAGAUGCUCUUAACGCCAGCGCCAUACUGGACAUCCAGGUGCAGGAGGAUGAAGAGACGCAGGAGAACAGCACCAGUCAGAAUGAUGGUGUGAAGGAUGAAGAAGACUCUGAAUCAGAUCUCAACAUCUCUACUGUGAGUGAAGAGUCCACGGCUGCCUGUGGAAAGGUGAGGGAGGAUGAGGAUGAUUUGUCAGAGCUGCAGCUGCGACUCUUGGCUUUGCAGUCGGCCAGCAGAAAGUGGCAGCAGAAGGAGCAGCAGGUGAUGAUGGAGAGCCGAGAGAAGAUCACUAAAGCUGUUACAGUGUCUCAGAACAAAAGCACUUCUCCAUGUGAAAGAAACAAAGUUACCUGCCGAGGAAACACUGUGUGCAGAUCACAGGAGAGACCACGAGCUGCCAAACCUGCGGCCAGAGCCAAGAAAGCUGCUCACCUGAAUAAGCAGGCAUUGAGAAAGCAGCAGCUGCGCACAUGGAAACUUAAACAUGAGCAGCAGACACACAAGAAGGAGGAAGAGGAGGAGAGGAAGAGGAGGGAGGAUGAGAUCCGCAAGAUCAGGGAUCUGUCCAAUCAGGAUGAGCAGUAUAAUCGCUUCAUGAAGCUGGUGGGGUCCACACAUCGAUCACGAAGCAAGCAUUAUCAGUCUUCAGAUGCUGAUCACAGGAAAGUGGUUAAACAGACUCUUGACACAUCAGGAAAUCUCUAUCAGUAUGAUAACUAUGAUGAGGUCGCCAUGGAGACAGACAGUGAAACGAACUCUCCAGCCUCCUCACCAUCUCGUGAUGUGUUUGUUGGCUUUCCUCUGGAGUCCACACCUGUCAGACAGGGUUUGGGACAGCAGGUGGAGCUUUUCAGUUCGGCUCCUCCCCCUCCUUUACCCCCUCUGCCCCCUCCUGAUGAGACGGAGCAGCCGCCCAAACCUCCAUUUGCUGAUGAGGAAGAGGAGGAGGAGAUGCUGCUGAGAGAAGAGUUACUCAAGUCUCUGGCCAACAAACGAGCUGUUAAAGUUGAGGAUGCGUCCAGUAGCAGCGGGCCGCCGUCUCCUGUUCUCAGAUCAGUGGUUCGUCCCAACACCAGAAACAAUCUGACAGCCGUCAGCCUGAACACAAUCGUCUCUAACACUCGAGUACUGAAGUUUGUGCGCGCUCAUCCUGUUCCCAAAGCUCAGUUUGUGUUACCUCGACACAAGACUGUGGUGGUGCGUCUGAAUGCAUCUGAUGACAGUGAUUCAGACGGAGAGAGCUGCAGCUCCACUCCCAGCGUGUUUGGAGGACUGGAGUCUAUGAUUAAAGAAGCUCGCAGGACUGUUGAGGCAGCCAAACCAAAGCAUUCCGUUUCAGAGAAGGAGAACAAUCCAGUGAAGAUCAGAGAUGAGAUGAUCAGGACCAGCAAGCUGGCCGUUUCGUCUCCUGUGGGUUCAGACUCCGAGCUGGACCUCAUGACAAGAGCUUCAGAUCUUCAAGAGAAAUACAGUGAACACACAAGUCAGUUGACUGCAGAUGAGAGUCUGUUGAAGCAGCUCCAGCAGCAGGAGAUGAAGAAGAGAGAAGCUCUAAAAACAGCUGAAGCUAAAGUCAUGCGUCUGAAAGAGCAACUGCUCGCCUCCGAGAAGAUCGCCAACGCUAACAGACUCCUGCUCAAGAAGCUUCAUGAACAGGUUCAGAGAGUUCAGCAUCGUGUGACUGUGAAGAAGAAUCAGUGUAUGAAGCUGGAGAAAGAUCUGGCUCAUGUUCAGAUGUUCAAACGCUGUAAACCUGCAGCUCUUCAGCACUCGCCGCUGAAGGUCCGGCGUAUGGAUUACUCGGACACUCAUUACGCCGAGCUCAUCGCGCAGAAGAAGCGCUUGCAGCAGCUGGAGUCGGAGUACGCCAGAAAGAUCGAGAAGCUGAAGAAGGCUCAGGCGUUACGUCAGGCUGAGCCGCGUGCCGCCGCCCCGCAGGCCUUUCCGUUACCUCAGCCCUCGCUGCACGACCUGACGCAGGACAAACUCAUUCUGUCCAGUGAGGAUGUGGAGGCUGAAGACGACGUGCAGCAGAUUCCCACAACCACUGCCAACCGCCGGCGAUCCUUCCGUGAGUCCGGCUCCUUCACCAAACCCAACCUGAGUCAUCUGGAGAGUCCUGCCGCAUCUCUGGUGCCCGUCAAACAUGCUAAAGCCUCUUCCUGCGACAGCGCCGCCGGCGGUCUGCCCGAGCUCCUGCCAGGGUUAAACGUUGAGGAUCUCAGACAGAGAUAUCAGAUGUGCGGCAGACUGUCUGACGUCCUGUGGGAAGAGACGCGCUCGCUCCGCUGGCUUGCCGAUCACGUCCAGACUCCGGCCAAGGUGCCGCAGAUGGACUUUGAUCCGGCAGUGGCUCAUCAGAACAGAACGGAAACUAAAGCCGAGCCAUUUAGACCGUAUCGCAGUCCUCUACUGCUCUUCAAGUCUUACAGGUUCAGCCCGUAUUACCGGACCAAAGAGAAGCUCUCCCUGCGCUCGCUGACCUACAGCAACAUCAUUCAGCCCAAGAAGUGUUUCUGUCGCUUUGACUUGACUGGCACGUGUAAUGAUGACGAGUGCCUGUGGCAGCACAUGAGAAACUGCAUGCUCACGGACAGUCAGCUCUUUCAGGAUAUCCUGUCCUACAGUCUUCCUCUGAUCGGCUGUGAGGCCACCAGCAGCACCAGUGACAUCAGCAGCGCCACAGAGAAAUACAUGAAGAGGCUGUUCGGGCCCAACAAGGACCGGAUGGGAACCGACCAGAAGGCUGUUCUGCUCAUGAGCAAAGUCAAUGAGAGUUUGAGACACAUUCCUCCGUUCACCACAUAUAAAGCUCAGAGGAGGUGGAGACCUGAAGCGCCGACAUCGAAAACAGAUGCUCAGGAUGAUGAACAUCACAACGGUGUGGACGUUACAGUUCCUGUUCAGCAACACGAUGCUGCCGUUCGGGAGCGGUGGCCGUCCACUGACGUGUGUGUCACUCAGGAUGAUAAGAGAUAUUUCGACAGCGAGACGGAUGACAUCAGUAAUCUGGAGACCAGCGUGCUGGAGAGUCCCAAUGAUGUUCAGCUGUGGAUCAAACUGGCCUUCAAAUAUCUCAACCAGAAAGACACCUCAGUGUCAGAGUGUCUGGAUGCGGCAUUGAACACGCUGUCUCGAGCUCUGGAGGACAACCGCGAGGACGCUGAGGUGUGGUGUCAUUAUCUGAAGCUCUUCUCUCGACGAGGCAGCAGGGAUGAGCUUCAGGAGAUGUGCGAGAUGGCCGUCGAGCAUUCGCCGCAUGAUAACGUCUGGUGGACCUACAUGAGCGUGGAGAGCGCUUUCGAAGGGAAAGAUUACGUGUGCGCUCGUCUGAUUUCUCAUCUGCUGGAGAUGUCACGUGACGGCGGGUCAGAGAUAGGCUCGUUUCAGCUGUUCGAGACGCUGUCGUUCAGAGUUCAGCUCAGCGUGUUCACGGGUCGACCGCACAACGCUCUCAACAUACUGAAGAGCGCGCUGUAUUCAGAGUCCAGACCGAGCGUGGCCGAUGGCUUAACUGCGACGCACCGCUGUCUGAUGUGGUUGUCGUAUAUCCACCUGACUGAAUUCAGACGUCUGCCGUCGUGUCUGUACGAUCCCGCCAACUCCAACCCUGCCCGGAUAGUGUGUGCAGAUGUGUUCCUCAUUCCCUGGAGAGCGGCGUCAGGCUUUCACACUCCCGCUGACGUCAUCAUAAGUCUCUUUCAAGAUGCUGUGAUGAAGUGCACAGAUGAGCGGUUAUCGUCCAGCGAGCAGAUUCAGACGUGUUUCUCUCUUCACUGGAAUCUCAUUCAUCUCUACAGACAGCUGGACAGACGUCAGGAGGCUGUGGAGUUGUGUGAGCGUCUGUUAGCUGUGUGUCCACUCUACUGUCCUCUGCUGGACAUCACCUCUGAACUUCACGUGUCUUCAGGAUGUGCGGAUAAAGCUAUAGACCUGUGGACACGUGCUCUGUCUGACAGCCCGUGUGACGCUCACGUGUUUUAUCAGCUCAUUGUGUGUUUACAUGCUCAGGAGAAACACAGCGUUAUGGAGAAGCUUUUUGACAAGUUCACACGCUCUUUUUGUGAAGCUGUUCCUGAUACGCUGACGUCUGUGGAUGUGUUACGUUAUAUUCUGAGAGUUCCCACUGAAGAUUUACUGACGGCACCCACACUCAGACAACACACUGAUGUCACACAGCAACUGCCAUAUCUGCAUCUCAUUCACUGUUUCUGGCAGUCAGUGUAUAGCGGUGUGAGAGAGGCCAUUGAUGCAUUUGAAAAAGCUUUGGGGAGUGUGACACAACUGGACAUCAUACACAAACUCUGGCUGGAUUAUGUAAGGUUAAGCAGCAGCAGUAAGGUGUUAGGACAGCAGCCCAGUGUUCGUGAGAUGAAGAUGUUUACAGGUCUGGUACACAGAUGUCUGGAGACGGUGCCGAGCAGACUCACAUUACCCUUCAAUUCAUCACUCUACUGGAGCUGCUACAGCUUUCAUAACAAGGUCAUAUCCUUCUAUUUGGAUUGUUUUCCUCAAUCCCAGCAUUCUCUCGUCCUGGAAAGACUUCAGUAUAUCAUGCCAAACAAUACAGAGCUAGCCGUACGGUCACUGCAGCAGGAAUGGCAGGAUGGAAACGUCGAACAUUUGAAGUUACAGAGCAGAAUGUUGUGCAGUAGCACUGCCACUUGUCUGGCCGUAUGGAGAAUAGCAAUCGCUGUUGAGAAGGAGCAGAAGAACCGAGCAGAGGUCCAGCGUCUGUAUCAGUCAGCACUACAGAAUCUGCCCCUGUCUGCUGCGCUGUGGACGGAUUGUUUGCUGUUUGAGGCGGCUGAAGGAGGUAAAACUGACACGCUGAGAAAAAUCAUUGACAAGUGCCAAGAGGUGGGAGUGAGUCUGAAUGAGCCACUGGGGUUAGAGCCCAGCCAAACGCAGUGACAUCAUCGUGGUCAUAGUCGUCAUGACAUCAUAGGGCCACAGACACUCGCGUGUCUCAGGUUAGACUCAUCUGACUCAGUGUUUAGAGCGGUGAAGACACUCUUUUAUCAUCACGUACGUAAGUAUGAAUCUGCUGAAUGAUGAUACACACUUAUCACUUUCCUUUGUACACUAACACUUUUAAUUUGACUUUUAUUGUCUCUUGAACGUUGCAUCGUACUUGAUGGACUGUGACUGUUUUUAAGGUGGCUUCCUUCGAUAAGUACUUUUUCUCAUGGUGUCUCGUCAAGGAAGACUUGACUCCGCUUGAGAGUUUAAGGGCUCGGCACAAACCAGUUUCCUUCUUUUUUUUUAUAUAUAUAUAUAUAUAUAUAUACACAUCUCUAAAGAUUUUUUGUUUGUUUUUUCAAUCGUGGAUUGACUGGCGUGUAUUGUGUGCAUGUGUUGAUGGAGACUACACACGCUGGACUGCACCAACACAUCAUUAAAUUUCUCAUGUCAAACUUGUUUAUCUUCAUGAGUUUCAGUAUCCACACGUGUGUGUGUGUGUGUGUGUGUGUGUGUGUGUGUGUACGUGUGUGUAUAUAUAUGUAUGUACUCUACGUAUAUAUUUACACACACACUCGCACACUGAUGAACAUAUUCUACAGCAAUGGUCAUCUGUUCUUCUUUUCCAUUUAUAAGUGAACAAUAUUUCUAUUAAAUUAUUUUGUA